CAUUAUAUUUCGAUUUUGGAGUCACAGUUGAGAUCUGGUAAAGGUUAGAUGAAACGUCAUAGUGAUGCGUCGAUAUUUAUUUCGUAAAUAUUACUAAUUACAAAUGAAAUAUGUAUAAUUAAUUGCAUAUGAAGAAGUAAAGACCAAUAAAAUAAAAAAGAUGUUACUUCAAACGUGGAAAUCAGCAGAUAAUAUUGUAAGAAAAGAUAUAAUAAAGCCAGGAACUUUCUCGAGAAAACCGACUGACUGCGCUUCUUGUGAAGUUGUUAUUGAAAACAUAAACGUUAUCAAUGCGUCUGUAGAGGAUUUGAAAAACAAAUUUAACUCGCAGAUUUUACAUGGUAUAAGUAAAAAAGUGUUAACUAUAGGUGAAGCAAAUUGUGAAAUAGAUCGUCAAAUUGAGCGAGCAAUACAAAUGAUGAUGGUGUUAGAAAAAAGUUUAGUUACAAUAGAUAUAAUGUUAGAAGGCAUUGAUGAUCGUUUAGUUAUUAAGUUCGAAAUAACAUUGAAUAAAAUGCAACCAUAUAAACCAAUUUGGGAAUGGACGCCACAAGACAAGUAUUCGAUAGCUUUAAAAUAUAAGGAAGCAGGUGUAUGUUUAUUUCAGGAACAUAGAUAUGUGGAUGCAUUUUAUAAAUUUAGUAAAGCCUGUAAAAUUUUAAUAACAUUAGAGCCAAUUCAGGAUUUAGAAUUAGAUAAGACAUUAGAAACUAAAAUUAAUAGUUUGAGACUUAUAUUAUAUAACAAUAUGGCUGGGUGUCAAUUAAGUCGUAAAAAUUAUGAACAUACCAUAUCCUUAUGUAAUAAAAUUCUAAAUAAAGAAGCUAAUAAUGUUAAAGCAUUAUACAGAAGAGGAGUGGCACGUGGAAACUUGAAAGAUGUAGAAAAUGCUGUUACUGAUCUAAAAUAUGCUGUUAGUCUAGAACCACAUAACCAAGCAAUAAAAGAACAACUUACAAUAUAUAAUACAAAAUUACAAGAGGCCAACCAGAAAUUUGAAGAUAUGGUAAAAAAGAUGUUCAAAGCUUAAAAAAUUAUAUUGAUACGUUUACCUGUAAAGGUUUAAAAAAAUAAACAUUUUUUAUUUUGUAAAUAAAAAAA